AUGAAUGUUGUGAGCUACUAUGUGCAAACUCCACAGGAUGAUCAAUCACCAUCAUCAGCCAAAUUGUCAAGUGAUCCAAGAUUGAAUGAUCUGUGGCAGUCAGCACAAGAUCAUGUUGAGACAUACAAGAGGUUGGGACAGUCUUGUAAGGAGGUCUCUCAACACUUUAGUGAGGUGCAUGAUAUAAUAGUUGUACAGGAGCAUAAGCUAAAGUCACAACUGGAGCAACAACAGAGUCACAUGGCAUCUUUGUUAUCUGACAUCAUAGACGAGGUCAGACUCAAGGUUGGUGGAUUAUCAUUCAGCGACAAAAGCGAUGCCGAUGUAGAACAGUUGGUGACAAACAUAUCAUCAUGCACAUCGAUGGGCGAGUUCAUGAUGGCUGCUAUGAUGGCUAACGGCGGCGAUAACAACAAACAAGAACUCACAACCAAGUGCUCUGACAUUGACUUGUUGUUAUGCGCGCAACAACAUGCCCAAAGGUUAAAGAAGAGCAAGAAUGAGGAGAAGAGUGUAGUGGUAGUCCAGGACGUGCAACUUGCCAGUCUCGAUCACUUUAGGAAGAAUGUAGUCGACACAUUGGCCAAGCUCACACCUGCCGUUGAUAUUCCCGUCAACCAUAUCUUCUCAGCCAAUGGAACAACAUUCUCGUUGUUCUCAAUGACUAACUCAAAGUGGACAUCCGAGAGCAUUGGAGUCAGCAACUGGAUACCAUUUGAUAAUCAAACCAAUGCACAUUAUGUAUAUGCUCGUGGUGUAAUAUAUUGGUUCACAACAGGUUAUUGUCAUAUGUACUCACUCAAAGAUAGAUCGUAUCGUGCACUUAUUACGACACUUGGUGCCUAUAAGGCUGCCUGCUACAAUGGCAAUGAACAAAUAUAUAUCGUUGAAGAGAAGGCGUUGAACAUCAACAACAAGGUCACUCCUCCGACAUAUCAGAUAUACUCAAUCAACAUCAACACAAUGGUAUUCACACCCAGAGGCAAACCGUUCAGCUUUGAGUAUGCAUCACCAUUGGCUAUCUUCAUCAAUCAAAGGAUAUACUUCUUUGGCGAACCAUGCUCUAUUCUCUACUUUGACACGUCCGACAACUCGACUAGCUAUAUACUCAAUCACUCAUCUGUCUCGAUGUAUCGAGGAUUGAUAUCAGCUUGCUACGAUGGCAAUGACAACUUCUACAUGUUGUUCGUUGGAGCCUUUGUACGAUUCUCCAUCACCAACAAGCUGAUGUACUUCUUGUCACUUCCUCCACCAUACAUUAACAACACCAAUAAUGUAACACGCAAGAUCAUCUCACAUUACCAUCAAUCAUCUGGAACGAUCUUCUAUCUCUUUGGAAAGGAUUCCAACAUGACCUACUGCACUCGCACUGAGAAAUGGUCCAAACUAUCACUUGAUAAUGAUCUAGUUGCCAGUAGGAGUGGAUACGGAUCAUGUCUCAUACCAUGGACCACCACCUCUCAAUGA